AUGCGGCAGAGAAACGUGUCAUACAGCGCCCUGAAGUUCAAGAUGCUCACAAAGACCAGCAAACGCCAGAAGGACCAUCUUUCACAGGCAGAAAUAUUGUCAGCAGGCCAGUUGCUGAAAGCUGCUGAGAUGAAAGAAGACACUAGCAUUCUUGUGCAUAUUCAAGACAAAGACUGUGUGUCUCUGGAGGUGCGAUACCACAAGUCCUGUUACAGACAGUACACCAGGUUCUUGACAAAGUCUACUGCAACAGUUACUGGGACCUCAGAAGAACAAAAUGAGCCAACCUUCGAUGCCAGCUACAAGAUCUUCUGUGAGAGGAUCAUCCGCCAUAGAAUAAUUGUAAACCAAGAGGUGCUGACAAUGAUGCAGCUAAGAAGAAUCUUUUUAAAUCUCGUGAAAAAACAAGAAGAUCUUGAUGCUUCAAACUACAGGCAGGAUAAAUUGAAGAGGAGGUUGAUCCGUGAUUUCCCCCAGCUGGUGUUUCACUCGCCCAACAAGCGCAACAUCAGUGAGCUGGUUUUUGUUGAGACACUGUCUGCAGACAAGCUGAUAGACAGGCUACCUCAUCCAUCAGGUACAGAAACAACAGAGUCAACUGAGGUAACUAGCCAAAGUGAUGGUGAAAACAUAACAAAUACAACAUCUGUUCCGCAAAGACAAACCUCAGUGGCCUCUAUCAAUACUACAGAGGACACAAGGACACUUUAUAGUGCAGCACUGAUAUUAAAGAUGCUUCUAUGUGACUCUCCCGGGCCGAAGGCAGACACCUAA